AUGAGGGGUCAAUUGCAGUUGUCUCGAGUGCAGGCAGCACGCACCGCUGCCCAGUUCCGGCCGCGACAGACAUUCCGACUCUCCCAACAAGUGCGCCAUGCAUCGACCGAGCUCAAGCAAGAGGUCGCUCGCAACGAGAAGGUUGGAGACGUCCGCUCUGGCUUCACUCGCAUCAAGAACCUGCUCCUCGGAACCUCGAUAGUCGCCGUCCUCGGAUUCGGAUACCUUUAUGUCACCGACACACGCGCCACCUUCCACCAAUGGCUUGUACCGCGUGUAUUGCGCACCCUGUUCGCCGACGCAGAGGAAGCCCACAAGAUCAGCAACAAGACUUUGAAAGCGCUGUACUCGGUCGGUCUACACCCUCGCGAAAGAGGCAAUCCGGAUGUGAACGGAGACUUGAAGGUUGACGUGUUUGGUCACCUCUUGGACAACCCCAUUGGAACAUCUGCUGGUCUGGACAAGAAUGCCGACAUUCCUGAUGUCGUGCUGGGCUUCGGUGCUGGUAUUGUCGAGGUUGGCGGUAUCACUCCUCAUCCUCAGGAGGGUAACCCCAAGCCUCGUGUCUGGCGCAUUCCCUCGCAGAAUGCCCUGAUCAACCGCUACGGUCUCAACUCUGAAGGUGCUGAUGCUGUUGCCACACGUCUGCGCCAGCGAUUGCGCGAGUUUGCUUAUGCUCUCGGUCUUGGUCUUGACCCUGUCGCUGAGAAGUCUGUCUUGGAUGGUCAUGCUGGCGUUCCUCCUGGCAGUCAGAUGCCCGGUCGCCUACUCGCUGUCCAGAUUGCCAAGAUGAAGGAGACUCCAGAUAACGACAUUGAUGCUAUCGCUCAGGACUACGUUUACUGUGUCAACCAGCUCGCCAAGUAUGCUGAUAUCCUGGUCGUCAACGUUUCAUCGCCCAACACUCCCGGUCUUCGCAACUUGCAGCAAGCCGCUCCUCUGACUAAGAUCCUGACCGCCGUUGUCGAUGCUGCCAAUGCUGCCGAUCGCAAGACCAAGCCCGCAGUCAUGGUCAAGGUCUCUCCCGACGAGGACAGCGAAGAGCAAGUUAGCGGCAUCUGUGGCGCCGUCUGGGCCAGCGGCGUCGACGGCAUCAUCGUCGGAAACACCACGAAGAAACGACCCGACGCCCUUCCCACCGGCUACCUCUUGCCUCAAGACGAGCAAAGCAUCAUGCUCGAGACCGGCGGAUACUCUGGUCCUCAACUCUUCGAACGCACUGUCGCCCUGGUCAAGAAAUACCGCACCGCUCUCGACAAAGGUCCCAACGAAACCAAGCCCGAGCCCAAGAAGAUCGAAUCUGCUCCUAAGCAAGCAGAAAAGUCAGAAUUCCAACUCGAGACCGAAGCCAUGAAGGAGAAGAUCAGGUCCCAAUUAUACGCACCCUCCGACAAGUCACAAACCGCCGCACCCAACAGUCUCGACGCCGAAACCAAGUCCUCGAUUGAAAACAGCGAAAAAGUAAUCUUCGCAACCGGCGGAAUCACCAAUGGCAAACAAGCCUUGGAAGUGUUGAAUGCAGGUGCCAGUGUAGCCAUGGUAUACACGGCCAUGGUUUAUGGAGGCGCAGGCACAAUUACCAGAAUCAAGCAGGAAAUGAGAGAUGAGAUUAGGGGUGUUGAUGUGGAGAGAUUGCCUGCUACUGAUGCUAGGAAAUAG